UAAUCGAAGCACCAUCCACAUUCAUUCGUGUUCGUGAUUCAGUUAGAAAUUUAUCGUAUAUCGCGCGUAACAUACACGCACACACAACAUUUCGUAAACAGAGACAAGAGUGUAUUUUUGGAUUUUUAUUAUUUUAAAUACCAAUUAAAUGGGUGAACUUUUUGGUUUCUAGUCGAUUUUUAAAACACCGAACGGCAACAACGGUCACAGCAUUGAAUUGACGCGCAUUUGCGAUAGGGAAGAUAAAUAUGUUUUAACGCGCGAAACAAAGUAAAAGAAGAAGCAAAAAAAACGCGUAAACUUGAUAUAAAAAGACUAGAUACGGUGUCGGUUGAGAGUUAUUAAGUGUAAUUGUAGCAUAUUUAAAUCGAAUUAUAUUGAAAUUUACAUUGUUAAAACACGACCGGCGACAGUGACAAUUUUUUCGUGUAAAUACAUAAAGAGAAGAUAACACUAAAGUAAGCAAACGAGUACGCGUUUUACGGGGUACGGGCUCAAGGAAAAACGAACACGCACAAUCGAAAACCGCACCGAAUCCAUGAGCACAGCUUUGACCAAAUAAAACACACAUUUGCCUCUGUUAAAACAGCUGAUCGCCAAUGGCAACCAUCGAUUCAGCUGGUGGCACAUCUUGGUCUAGUAAUGGAGGUGGAUGUGGAAAUCAAUGCAAAACAUUAAUUAGCAAAAUGCAACGGCACAUGAGUUUACAAAAUGAAUUGGAGAAUAAUCGCGAUGGAAAUAAUCGAGUUGGUUCGCCAAUUCUGCCACAAAACAAUGUCAAUAACAGCAGUAAUCAAAUGACGACGACGACGACGACGAUGACAAUCGAAACCGCCAAUAUAACAAAUAAAUCAAACGAUGACAAAUCCACACCGAAUCAUAAUGUGUCAGCAACGGAAAAUGUGGAAAAAUCAAGUGCAAUUGAUGGUGCUAAACAGCAGGUAUCCAAAAUUGAUGCUGAUGUGAAAAUCAGUGCAACAGAUGAUGAAAGUGAUGAUGUGCAUAGUGAACUUGAUAUAGAUGUGGCACAAAGUGCAUGUGAUAAGCAAAAAAUGCAUGUUAAAUGUGAUGGAAAUGAUGAUGGUGUCGAUAGUGAAAACAAUAGUAGCUCAUCGAAUAGUCCAAGUGCAAGUGAUAGGGUUUUUAAAGUGGCCACCAAACAAAAUAUAUCGAAACCAAAUUUGGCCAAUUUGCAUAGUGGCGGUCGAUUAAAUGCACCGCCACCAACCGUUGUACCAUUGUCAUCACCACCGAAUGUGCCCAUGUUUGUAAAUCGUUUUCCCAAUACACAUCCCACAUAUCUUCCGCCGCAUAUCCGCAAUUUACCCAAAACUCAAUCGCUCGAUUUGGCCGACAAUGAAAUGCCAUCGGCUUUGCUCACCGCCAAACAGUGUGACGGCGGUUCGUUUGAACAAAAUCGUCCAAUUUAUCCAAAUGUUCCGUAUAGUCCGUAUGGAAGUCCGUUUGGAUCACCGCGCAAUCGACGAAGAGGACCAUUGCGUGAGUCACGUCGCAUUUCCAUCGAACAAAGUGGCAGCUUUCUUCAACUGAAUCAAUACAAACUUAUGGACCAAAUUGGACAGGGCUCAUAUGGUUUGGUGAAAUUAGCAUAUUCCGAAGAAGACUCAACGCAUUAUGCCAUGAAAAUUCUAUCGAAACGUAAACUUUUGCGGAAGGCCGGUCUUAUGGGGCGAGGACCAAAGAAAGGAAUGUCGCCACUCGACCGGGUCUAUCGGGAAAUUGCGGUUUUGAAGAAGUUGGACCAUCCGAAUGUUGUGAAAUUAGUGGAAGUUCUCGAUGAUCCAUUGGAAGAUUCAUUGUAUUUGGUGUUUGAGCUUUUGCAAUUGGGUGAAGUGCUAAGUGUGCCCACAUCAAAACCAUUAACCGAAGAACGAGUUUGGUCGGUGUUGCGAGAUUGCGUGCUAGGACUUGAAUACUUACAUUAUCAACGCAUCAUCCACGGAGACAUCAAGCCGGAUAAUUUGCUGUUGGGCGAAUGCGGAAGUGUUAAAAUCGCUGAUUUGGGUGUAUGCAAUGAAUUUAUGGGCGAAGAUGCAUCGAUGAACAACGGAUCGACGGCAGGCACGCCAGCAUUUCGAGCACCGGAAACUCUGCUGACUGGACAGUAUUCGUACAGUGGUAAAGCGGCCGAUAUUUGGGCACUUGGCGCAACGUUAUAUUCAUUGGUGUUUGGAAAUGUUCCAUUUAUGGCGAACAAUGUACCAGCCGUUUAUGAAAAAAUCAAAAACGAUGGACUUACAUUCCCAUCUGAUAUUGUGAUUAGCGCCGAACUACGCGAUUUGAUCACGAAAAUGCUUGAAAAAGACCCAUCGAAACGGAUUACAUUGCCACAGAUUAAGGAACAUCCUUGGGUCACUUGCAAUGAUGCCCAUCCGUUGCCAAGCGAAGAUGACAACUGUCGCUUGGUCGAAGUGAAUGACAUGGACAUAAAUACGGUGGUUAAGAGCAUUCCAAAAUUGGACACACUGAUUUUGAUCAAAACCAUGCUAAAGAAGCACUCAUUUCAAAAUCCAUUCAAUAAACCAGUUUCUGGGCGGGCACCACAACGGGGCGGAUCGCGGUUGGAACGGUUUACACGAGCUGGACGAUCGAAUUCAGCACCCGGUGCUUAUCAUAUGAUUGAACGACAAAUGUCAAGUGAUAAUAUUUUGCCGUCUGUAAGUGAAGGCGUUGUGAGUCCAUGCAGUGAAACAUCAACCGAUGCAGAUAAUGCGUAUUAAAAUGUGUGCUCCAAAUAAAGCUGCUUAAUAUGUCAAAGACACAAAUUAGCCGUGGCUAGCUUAAUAUACAUUGGAUUUAUUGCUCAUGGCUGUACUGGAGCGAGUCAUUCGUCUUGAAAUUCAAAACUCUUGAAUUGAUUGUUAGAUUUUCUUAAAGUAAACACGCAAUGGUGAUAUAUGCAGCAAGACAAACACAAAACAUGCACGAAAUAUUCGAUUUUAAUAAACAAAUUUAAAUAUGUAGUAAAAUUUCAGCACAUAAGUGAGAUAAAAACACACAAACACACAAAAUGGGAUUUUCAAGGGUUAGCUUUUAUUCGAUUUACUUAACGAUAAGCGUCCGCUUUGUUUUUCUUUAACACCCUCUCUGUCUCAAUAUCUAUUUUUGUUCGCACAUUGUUUUUAUUAGAUUGUACAUAAAAGAAAUUUGUGAAAAUUCUUAAAACAAAAUUGAAACUAGUCUAGCACAAACUAUACUUACAUAUUUUACAUACCAUGAAACUAAAUUUCAGCUGCAAACAACAACAAGAUUGUGUAACACAAAUCUAUAUUAAGAUCAAAUGCGCUCGCAUUUAUUUCGAAAUCAAUUCACUAAUUUUUUUUAAUAUCUUUAUGCUUAAAGUUUGUAUAAGGAAAAAAAGGAAUGAAAAGCUCGAAUGUGGAAUUCAGACGAUGGUGAGAAAAUACUUACGAUUUGAGGUGAUAUAUUUGCACUCUUCCGAUUUAAAGAGGAUUACAUUUUAUCAGCUGUCGAAGGAAUGUGAGCAUUUGAACACAGUUGGGGUCCAUUUUUUUACUAUUCCGUACAUCUAGUAUAGGAAAGGUAUUUCGAUUGGACUUAACGUCAAUAGAGUGUCAUUACGAUAACAGCUCACACACCGUGUGACACACGUAUGACACGUUCACUGUAUCAGAGUAGUAUUCUCAGAGUACAUUGCAAUGGAUUUGAACAUUUUUCUCAUCCAUUUUGAAAAGAGUUGUACUUUUUCAUUUUCUAGAGAUUAUUUUUAAUCUCUUUUGAUUUCAAAGGUCGAAAUGGCAUUUACACCUAUUAAAUAAAAAAAACACUUUUUAUUACUCUAGAAAACACAAACUCUUCAAAUUGAAAGAAAUUAUAAUUCUGUUUUUUGACUUUUGACCAUUUUCUUGAGGACUGUUUCCCAAAUGCAUUUACCAACGUUUUAUUGGAAGAAGGAUAUGUUCAAUACCAUCCUAAUGCACUUUGUGUCACUACUCACAAGAACAGUGACAUAGACUAUCAUUCAAUGACAUUUAGUGCAUUUAAAAUAUGAACAGAACUGUCAUGGGAUCAUUUUUGUUCUAAGUGGCAGUUCUUUGGGUUUAAAUAUUUUUUCCACAUUCGUUUCAGCUUUGAAAGUGUUGAAAAAAAAUGUUUAAUAAUAUAAGUAAAAUAUAAAUCCGAAUGUCUAUUGUACUGUAAAUAAACAUAAUUGACAUUGACCAAUCCAUACGCUUUAAACACAAGAAAUUGUAUAAAUUUUCAAUCAAUUGAAAUGAAAAAUGAUUUUAACAUUUAAGAAUUUUGCGCUUGAUUCGUCAAAUUUACAAUAACUAUAUGCAUAGAAUAAGAGGACCGAAUUUACUCUUUUUCUCUUUGAUUGACGGACAGGAGACAUUUGCAAAAAUGUUUCACAUCACGAAAGAACCAGAAUAUUUUUUACGCUGAGCGCGUGGUUCUGUUUGUUUGAAAUCAAUGUCCUGUGGUGGAAUUUUAUUCGUUAUUAUGACUUAAAUUGCAUUUUGAAAAUGUAUUGGUUUAGAGUCUAAACUUAAGACUAUGCAAUCUUAUGGACUUCAUUUGAAAUUAAACAUCGGCGAAAAUGAAUUUAUUCUGAACAAAAUCGAUUUUAAUUCAAUAAUAAAUGAAAAGAAUAAUUUCAAAAUUUUGAUCAGCGAUUAAAAUGUAUCUAUUUUUUCGAUAAACAUUUUUUUUAUUUUAAUUUGAGAAUUCUUGCAUGAAAAAUCUUGAAAUUAUCGAAUAUUUAAAAAAAACUGACACUAGUCCAAAAUUUCGAUUUAAAACUAUUUGGAUUUUUCAAUGAAUAGCUUCGCAUACAGUGAAUGCAAGAGUAUUUACAAUCAAUUUCAAAUCAUUCAACAAAACAAAUACACAGUUUUUCAAGAAUCAAAUCACAUUUAGAUUUUUUUAAUAAAAGUACUUUCAUAAUUA